UCAAAAAUCUAAACGCUAAAGUCAAAAUCGAACUUUUUGUUUCCAUCUCCUUUGUUUUUGUUUUUUUGAAAUAUCUGGUAAAUGAUCCAAAAAUCGAGUGGGUCGGGUCGCCGGAUUCUGACAUACCCGGCAAUACAUCCCUGCGAUUCCAUUUCUCCUUCAACUCUUCUAAACUCGCUGAUCGAUCUUGGUGGAGACAUUUGCAGUUACAAAUCCAAGGUUUUCUCCGUCAACCAGAGAAAUGCGCGGGAAACGUUUCGACAAAUUGCGAACCUUCUUCUUUUCCUCCAGGAGAUCCGAGAUACGACGCCGGAUCUAGCUCACCCGGUCAUCCUCAGCUUUUCCGAGCUCCAUUUGACUUUCCAGAAAAUUCGAUGCCUUCUGGAAGACUGCACAAGCGACGGGACUCGAGCGUGGAUGCUAGUGAAUUCGGAUCGGGCUGCUAACCAAUUCCGGAUCGUGAUCCGGGGCCUGGCGACGGGUCUGGAUGUUUUCCCUCUUUCAACCGUUGACAUGUCAAAUGAAGCCAAGGAUUUGGUUGAGUUAAUCAUAAGGCAAGCUAGGAAAGCUUCUUUCGAGCCCGACCCGGAUGAUAAAAAGGCCGUGAAAGAUCUCAUGCGGAUCCUGAACCAUUUCGAGGAAGGAAUCGCACCUGAUCCGAUUGAAAUCAGACGGAUCUUGGACUAUCUGGGGAUUCAUAAAUGGAGCAGUUGUAACAAGGAAGUGAAAUUCUUGGAUUCAGAAAUCGGAACCGAGUUUUCCAAUGGAGAAAACAUAACAAAAUUAGAGCUUCUGUGUAGCUUAAUGGGAUUCAUGAGCUAUUGCAGAUGCGUAAUAUUUGACACCGUUGACUUCGAAAGUCAGCAUCUCAAUGGCCAGUGUAGCAACAUCAGCAAAGAUCUGAAAGGAAUCAAUGUUGAUGAUCUCAAGUGUCCGAUCUCGUUAGAAAUGAUGUCGGAUCCAGUAACUUUAUCAUCGGGCCACACCUACGACCGUUGUUCGAUUUUAAAAUGGCUCAGGUCGGGGAAUGCCACUUGUCCCAAGACGGGCGAGAAGCUUACCAGUACGGAACUGGUUCCCAAUCUUGUCUUGAAAGGGAUGAUCCAACAAUAUUGUGCUGAAAACGGCAUCCCAGUCGUAGUUUCCAGGGGAAAGAAUCGUGAUAUUUCGAGGACAGUAAUGGCCGGGAGUUCAGCCGGUGAAGGUGCAAUGAAGAUGUUGGCUGGUUUUCUUAUUAACAAACUUGUUAAUGGAAGUCGUGAAGAGAUGAACAAGGCGGCAUUUGAGAUUCGGGUUCUUACUAAAACAAGCAUUUUUAACAGGUCUUGUUUGGUUGAAUCCGGCACGAUCCCACAUUUAUUGAAGCUGUUGUUAUCUGAAGAUUCCAACACCCAAGAAAAUUCCAUUGCUGCGCUCUUGAAUCUUUCCAAGCAUUCAAAAGGCAAAUGUGUUAUAGUGGAGAAUGAAGGGUUGGAUCUGAUCGUCCAUGUUUUAAGAAAGGGACUUAAAAUUGAAGCUCAACAACAUGCGGCUGCUACGUUGUUUUAUCUUGCUUCAGAUGAGGAGAACAGGGUUCUGAUCGGUGAAAAUCCAGAGGCUAUUCCAGGAUUAGUGGAGUUGGUAAAGAAUGAAAACCAUCACUGCAAGAGGAAUGCAUUGGUUGCUAUUUUUGGGCUUCUAGUGCAUCCCGAGAACCAUUGGAGGGUUCUUGCAUCUGGGGUUGUUCCUUUGUUGCUCAAUCUUUUGAGAGAUUCAGAAAGAGAAGAUCUCGUAACUGAUUCUCUAGCUAUUUUAGCUACUCUAGCAGAGAAAAUUGAUGGCACAGUCGCAAUUUUACGCCGUGGUGCCUUGCAAUUGUUAGUAGGGAUCUUAAAUACCUCCACUUCAAGAACAGGGAAGGAGUACUGCGUUUCCAUGCUGUUGGCUCUGUGUGUCAAUGGCGGACUAGAUGUGGUUGCUCGUUUGGUGAAGAUUCCUUCUCUUAUGGGAUCCUUGUAUUCCCAACUUAGUGAAGGUACAUCUCGAGCUAGCAAAAAGGCCAGUGCAAUCAUCAAGAUUCUGCACCAGUUUUAUGAAAACAAUAGCUCCUCAGCUUCAGUGACUCCAGUUCUUCCCCGAGAACAAUUCGUUCACGUAUGGUAAUCCGUAAUCCAAUUUAUUCCUGAAAUAUUUCCAUGUAAAUACAGAUAAGUGUGUACAUUGCUUGUUUCCUUUAUUAGCUCGGUUUUUUGAAGAGCUAAUCCACUCAGCUUCUGCCUUUUUUUAUGAAGCUGAGUGAAAAACAACAGUAAUUUAGCAUUUCAAUUUUUUUUUAGGGUUUGUUCAUAAUAAGGUCGCAAGACUGUAAUACAAUGAUGUAAAACACAUUCCAUUCGUUGUAUUGGAGUAUCAUGUAUAAACUUCUUCAACCGUGUUGUACGUGUCCUUUUUCCAUGUUAGUAAUAAGAUUAUGCUACUACAGUUUAUCUAAAACAA